AUGGACUGUGGGGAAGAGUAUAUCCUCUUCCCCACGCCUCUUGACAAGAGAACCGAGGAGAAUGGUAAAGGUCCUCCGGAAGAUCUUGCGAUAAACAAAAUCAGUAUGAAUUUCGAAGCAAAGAAAAAAUCCGCCAAGAUUAAUUCGUUUAUGGUAAACUCGAAAUACACAGCAAGGAAGACUAUAUUCGUUCUCGUAUUUGGCAUACUCGUAAUAACUAUUAUGAACUUUGCAAUAAACAACUUCGGUCGGGUAUCAAAGGAUAUUAUUGACAGCAGAACUAUAGAAUUUCUGGGUACAAUGGGUGCGCAAGCGUCUAUACAUGUUACAUUUAUGCUGAAGAAAGCAGUAUUCUUUUCUAAUUUACUUUCACAGAUAUUAAGUGCGCCUUCCAUCCUCGAAAUGACGAAAGAUAAUGCAGGAAAUGUCGUCAAAAUGCUGGAUUCGGCUCGUGCUUCAAGUGAUGAUAAUAUAUUCUGGUGGGAUCUGGCUCUAGAAGAUGGAAAUUACUUUUCUCUCUCAUCUGAUCAGCGAGAAAACAUGAAAACAGUUAGCUAUGGCGAAAUGAGUACCAAAACUUCUGAUAGUUUUAACUAUGUUUGGCUGAUAAAUAUGACCUCAGAAAUACCUCCGCGUGGCUACCCAGAUUCCAACUAUAGUAGUGUCGAGAAUGAUUGGACAACAUUCAACCAACCGUGGUAUCAAUACGUCAAACAAAAUAAUAAGAGUUCAUGGAUCUCUCCGUAUAUUGAUUUUUGGGGCGAUAUUCCGUUGAUUCUAAUAUCAUACGCGGUUCCUAUCUACGAUGGUCCCAAUUUCACAGGAACCACAAGUCAUACGAUAACUUUACAAAAACUCAAAUCGGAGCUGGUCAAUUUAUCGCCAUCAGCGAAUUCAAGGCUUGCAUUGUUAGACCAAAGUGAUAACCUAGUUGUUUCUACUUCUGCCGACUUAGGAUUGGGAAUUUCAAAUAAUACUCUCUUUGCCAACGGUUUAAGCUCAAUAAAUGAUCCUGUGUGGCGAUGUGUAUACAACUACAACAUUUCUACUCAAUCACAUGAAGGAGAAUACUUAUGUAACGUAAAUGGAAGGAAACUGACAUACAGAAUGAACAAAAUCAACCUCCUUAUGAACAAAGAGAUACAGUGGUCAAUCAUUGGAGCCAUUUGUCAAAAUGACUUCACCGAUGAAAUGAAUAAUUCUGUGAGAAGAUUUACGGUUUCAUUCAAUAUUCUGAUAGAAUUUGUGUUUGUUAUUAUUGGUGUGUUCCUUAUGGUGAGAAAUACCGCUGUUAUUCACUUCCAAAACAGUAAUUUACAAACAGAAAAUCCGAAAAGCGACAUUUUAGACGAUUUAGAGGAAAUCAUUAGUAAUAUCACAGACCCUAAUAUCAAUAAUGAGAUUAUCAAUAUCUAUCAAGACCUUAUUUCAACAGAUAACACAUUAAAAUACGAUUAUCACAGAAUGUUGGCGAAUAUCAAAGAUACGUAUGUUCGAUAUGAAGUAAUAGAGAAAUUUACGCCUGAAUUCAUUACAGAUGUCCCGAUUUUGAGCUUUAGAAGACGAGAUGCAGCAGAAAAACUGAUUUUUCCUGGCAGAUUCCUUGUAGACUACGUAGUUCCAAGACAGCAUGUUAAAGAAAACAUGCAUGGAACAAUUAUCCAAAUGUUUGUCACAAUUAACAACGAUGCGUUAUUUGAUUCGCAAAAAUUGCAACAAGUGCUUAGUAAUGUCAUGGAGCAACUUCCAAGCAGCUCAAUUGUACUAAUGGCUGAUAGUUUUAACCUUCUUCUUUUUCUAAUAACGAAUGGAAUUCCUCCGAUUCUUAAUAACCACGAUAAGGUCUUUUGCAUGAUGUUUCUGACUUUUGUCUUCCAUGUUUCAAUGGCGCGCAAGAAAAAAUUCGGGAAUAUUGAAGAAAAAUAUUCUCUUUUUGAAUGUGAAGAAGUUUACAGCUUUGUUGAGAUGCUCCUUGACAAUUUCAAUGCUAUUAAGCUUGACAGUGUUGGUUACGACUUCAAACGGUGGAAAAAAAUUACAAAUCAAAUUAUUUCUUUUUUACCAGCAUUAUUCCUUGAAGAACAGCUUACCCUUCCCAAGAAAUUCUUAUUUAAUAUCAAAAAUCGAUCUGGAACUCUUACAGUCAACGAAGAAAACCUUUUUUGCUCAAUUUUAAUUAUAAUUUCACAGUAUUCGUAUUUUUUAAUCGACAAUGAAACGUCGAAUAAUUUAAUCAGCCUUAUAAGAAACCCAUUUCUCUUUCCGAUUGAAGAUCAUAUGACACACGAACGGUUAAUCGUUAAAUCAAUCCUUAAACCUUGUUUCGAAGCAAUUCAUACUGUAAUACUUCCGUCUGUGACGGAGCCUAUAUUACCUUAA